AUGCCUUACGAAGAUGCCACCGAGAUGGUGGAGGCCUACGGAGAAGCUGGUACCGGCAAAUCGUGCCUCCUUAAUCACUUUAUCCAGAACACCUUCAAACAACACUCCCAGCAUACAAUUGGAGUCGAAUUUUCCAGCCGGACUAUCAACAUUGGCGAGAAGCGCAUCAAACUACAAUUGUGGGAUACUGCAGGUCAGGAGCGCUUCAGGUUCGUUUUGGGCCCAGGCCUUUUCGCAUUCCAGAACAGGAUCCUCAACCCCCUCUUUUGUAGAUCCGUCACCCGAAGUUAUUAUCGCGGCGCUGCCGGUGCGUUGCUUGUCUACGAUAUCACAAAGUGGGGCAUUCUCUCCAAUCUGGUACCAGGGCGACCACUCAUUCCAUUCUCUUUCAGUCGACAGACAUUCGAGGGCCUAUCACGAUGGUUGGCAGACGCGCGGGCCUUGGCAAGUCCUCAACUCGUGACUGUCCUUGUCGGGUGCAAAAGCGACCGGGAAGAAGAUAGAGAGGUCGAAUGGGCCGAGGCAAGCCGAUGGGCGGCAGAAAAUGGUACGCAUUUCUUGCUCGUGCCUCACCAUACGAUCCCCAAGCUCAACCACAAUCCCCUUUGCAUAUACCAAAAACCGGCUUCCGAUACGAUAGACCUUCAUUUCCUCGAAACAUCCGCGCUCAGCGGGGAUAACGUCGAGGCGCCGUUCCUGCUUGCCGCACGCUCCAUCCUACUCUCCAUAGAGUCCGGCCAACUCGAUCCGGAAAAGGCCGGCUCGGGCGUGUCGUAUGGCGAUCGCGGACUUCGGCGGAUCAGCAGUUCAUCUAGGAUGAGCUUUCUUGGCGGUAGCGAGCGAAGGCGACGACGAGAUACUAUUCUGCUCUUACGACCAGUCAAGAAGCUCACUCGGGGUGAAUGCUGCAACUGA